UGAGAAUCGCAAAGGUUUGUCCAAAACCGAUUCACCAAAAGUCUCAUCUGAGCUGUAAAUGGCAAAGAGAAUGGAGACCCUAUGGCGGGCGGCGACGGGCCAGGACCCGAGCCCGGAAGACUACGACGGCGUGGAGUUCUGGUCGAAUCCGGAGCGCGCCGGGUGGCUUACCAAGCAGGGCGAGUACAUCAAGACCUGGCGCCGCCGCUGGUUCGUGCUCAAGCAAGGCAAGCUCCUGUGGUUCAAGGACUCCUACGUCACCCGAAGCUCCACGCCUCGUGGUGUCGUCCCAGUGGGCACCUGCCUCACCGUCAGGGGCGCCGAGGAUAUCCUCCACAAGCCCUGUGCCUUCGAGCUCUCCUCCAACCAGGACACCAUGUACUUCCUCGCCGACUCCGACAAGGAGAAGGAGGAGUGGAUCAACUCGAUUGGACGGUCCAUAGUGCAGCACUCGCGGUCGGUCACCGAUUCCGAGGUCGUCGAUUACGUUAGCCGGGGGUGAUGAUCUGGAGGAAAUGAAUUAUCUUUCUUGUUUGUACACUGAGAGGUGCGCUUAAUAUUUGUAUAUUCCUUGUUUAUAAGGUUAUCUGCUUUGAUAUAGUAAAAGCUUGUAGUUUUCUGGAUCUUUCUCUGGUUUUCUAAUUAUGAAUUGAGAUGUUUUCUGUUAA